CUCUUUCAGGAAACUAUGCCCCAGACGUCUGUCGUCUUCUCCAGCAUCCUCGGGCCCAGCUGUAGCGGACAGGUGCAGCCCGGCAUGGGGGAACGGGGAGGUGGGGCCAGUGGGGGCUCAGGGGAUCUCAUCUUUCAAGAUGGACGCCUCGUCUCUGGGUCCCUGGAGGCCUUGAUGGAGCACCUGGUCCCCACAGUGGAUUAUUAUCCUGAUAGGACAUACAUCUUCACAUUUCUCCUGAGCUCCCGGGUCUUCAUGCCCCCUCAUGACCUGUUGGCCCGCGUGGGGCAGAUCUGUCUGGAGCAGAGGCAGCAGCUAGAGGCAGGGCCUGAAAAGGCCAAGCUGAAGUCCUUCUCAGCCAAGAUCGUGCAGCUCCUGAAGGAGUGGACAGAAGCCUUCCCCUAUGACUUCCAGGAUGAGAAGGCCAUGGCCGAACUGAAGGCCAUCACGCACCGCGUCACCCAGUGCAAUGAAGAGAAUGGCACGGUGAAGAAGGCUAUUGCCCAGAUGACACAGAGCCUACUGCUGUCUCUGGCUGCCCGGAGUCAGCUCCAGGAACUGCGAGAGAAGCUCCGGCUGCCAGCUGUGGAUAAAGGGCCUGUCCUGAAGGCAAAGCCACCUGCCACCCAGAAGGACAUCCUGGGUGUGUGCUGCGACCCCCUGGUGUUGGCCCAGCAGCUGACUCACAUCGAGUUGGACAGGGUCAGCAGCAUUCACCCUGAAGACCUGAUGCAGAUCAUCAGCCACAUGGACUCCCUGGACAACCACAGGUGCCGAGGGGACUUGACCAAGACCUACAGCUUGGAGGCCUACGACAACUGGUUCAACUGCCUGAGCAUGCUGGUGGCCACUGAAGUGUGCCGGGUGGUGAAGAAGAAGCACCGGACCCGCAUGUUAGAGUUCUUCAUUGAUGUGGCCCGGGAGUGCUUCAAUAUCGGGAACUUUAACUCCAUGAUGGCCAUCAUCUCUGGCAUGAACCUCAGUCCCGUGGCACGGCUGAAGAAAACGUGGUCCAAAGUCAAGACAGCCAAGUUCGAUGUCUUGGAGCACCACAUGGACCCAUCUAGCAACUUCUGCAACUACCGCACAGCCCUGCAGGGGGCCACGCAGAGGUCCCAGAUGGCCAACAGCAGCCGUGAGAAAAUCGUCAUCCCUGUGUUCAACCUCUUUGUUAAGGACAUCUACUUUCUGCACAAAAUCCACACCAACCACCUGCCCAAUGGGCACGUUAACUUCAAGAAAUUUUGGGAGAUCUCCAGACAGAUCCACGAAUUCAUGACAUGGACGCAGGUAGAGUGUCCCUUCGAGAAGGACAAGAAGAUUCAGAGUUACCUGCUCACGGCACCCAUCUAUAGCGAGGAAGCUCUCUUCAUCGCCUCCUUUGAAAGUGAAGGUCCCGAGAACCACAUGGAAAAGGACAGCUGGAAGACCCUCAGGACCACCCUCCUUAACAGAGCCUGAGGUGGAUGCAGCCUGCAGACGCUGGAUGAAGCACAUGCACGAACCGGGUUUAAAUCUUGAUUGUUAUGGGUUGAGAUGAGGAGGCCUCACUGGUUGGGGUCAAUUUUGUAUAUAACUUUUAUGAGAAAAAAAUGGUAAUUAUUUCAUGCAUCAACCUUUGGCACUUACAAAGUUUUUUUGUUUAUUUUAAAUAACAGGGCAGGGCCCUGCUUUGGGGAUGGGUAGGGGAAAGAGUAUCAUGGGAGAUGGCAUCCAUGAUAACAUCUUAUUCUAAUGAAAUGUAGAUUUUUAUUUUCUACUUUUGAUUAUUAACAUCUUAUGAAAAAAAUAUUUUAAAAAACCCAACCAAAACCAACGUGAGCCCUGCCUGCUCAAAUGCCUUUCCAGCUAGUGUCUCUAAUGUCGGGAUUAGUGCCUUAGAGGGUACUGGGGUCCGGUCUUCCUGCUCCACUGUUCGAGCUGCAGUGAACCCUGCUCCAGCCAUGGCCAUGAGGCACCUGCCCUCAGGAGCUUGGGCUGUGAGGCUCCAGCAGGAGCAUGGGGUGGCUGGGAGGUUGUGUCUGCACACUUCUGGAAAUGAGCCUUUGAGUACGGGCUUUCCAAAGUUUACAUUUUCAUUUUCCUCUAUCAGGGAUUUGUGGGGUCAGGGUGGGGCAGGGGACACCUGGCAGCAUAUUUUCUGUGAGAUUGUGUCUGGCAAAUUGUUCUUCAACUGCAUUUUAGAAAAGAGGAAAUCUAAGAUAAAGUAAGGGAGGGAGGUAUAGAGUUGUCCAUUUUCUGGGCUGUAACUGAAAGACACACUGAGCUGUGAGAAGAGGAUACGGAGCCUACUCCAGGACGGUGACAGUUAGAGCUGGUCUUGAAACCAUUGCAGAGGGAAGGGCAGCAGCUCCUAAACCAGUGUUCUAGUGGACUGCCCUCCUCCCGCUCUGGGUGGGAGGUGCCCCUAAUUGGAACUGGAAACAGAAAACUUGGCCAGCCAUCCAUUCAGAUAAAACUGCCCAACACUGGGAGGUCUUUUUCUACACCCAAGCUAGAGGAGCACACUCCAUUUUCCACAUCUGACUUCCUGGCAUGAGCCCUGGGCCUUACAGACUGUGGCACAGGACAGCUCUCCCUCAGAAAGCCAGUGGUGGUUAUCCACGCUGACCAUCUCCCUCGCAGGACUCCCCACCCUCGUCCCUCUUCGCACACCUGGCUUCAGCAGGAGCCUCAGGUGAUAGGGCAAGGAUGGGCUAGGUCCUAACUCCCAAAGCUCCUGGAAGAGCCUGGAGACGGGCAGGCUGGGCCUGGGGAGGAAGCAGCCCUGGGUCCGCUGCAGACGCCACUGAGGCCCUGGGUGGAGUAAGAAUAGUUACACUGUAUUGUCACAGUGUGUUUGCACUUUUCUGACGUUCUAGCUAGUACAGAUUGUAUAUUGAUGGUACAUAUUGCUUUGUUUAUGUCUUUGAGAUAAAGGCUUAAAACUUGAGAAUAUAUAUUUGGAAUAUAGCGUUAGAACGUUUUCUGUACACGUGUUAAAGAGCCUUCACAUCCACGUGCACUUCACGGGUGAUCAGUUCUAGUACCUACUUGAAACAGUGUCUAUGUCUGCUAUUUUCCUUUCCCAAUUUGAUACAUCCCUGAAUUUGAUGUUUUGAUAUUUGAGGUGAACUCUGAGUAUAAAGCUGUACCAUAAUGCAGGAUGUCAGUUUUGGUGUGACUGGACGUACUUGCAUCAAUAAAAGAACACGUCGCUGCCCUC